UGAUUAAAGGUAAUUUCUUAGUGUACCAUCUAGAAGAAAGUAAACAUCAAAAGACAACAGCAAAACUAAGGUGAUUAGGUUAGCAGGUAAAUCUAUAUUCGAAAGAGGUAACGAGGAAUAUUAAUCACACUCUAACUGUCAUAAUAUGCCGUAUCCUGUAAUCUUAUUUGUGGGGAAUUUAUCAUCCGUUGCGAAUGCCCAAUAUUUAGAGCGCUUAUUUUCCUCCUAUGGUGAAGUUCAGCAGGUGUCCAUUCAUAACAAAGGAAGUGAUCGUUUUGCGGAGGUCAAAUUUUCAUCCAUAGAUGACGGCGAUGCGGCUAUUGCGGCUCUACACUAUCGUUAUCAGACUGCGAAAAGCCUUCCCUUAGUUGUGCUUUAUUCCCAAAAAAGCGAUUUUGUUUCUGACUAUGGACGAUUGGUGGGGCGUGAGUAUCGACAAGCAAUGGAAAAUAAUAGAUUGCCCCGUUUGAUUUUGUUGGAGCAAUUUGAUCCUCAUUUCGAACGUAGCGAGGUUCAGUCACUUCCAUCUGAGGAGUUUAUCACUGAAGGUGGUCCUUCUCAACCCAUUUAAGUCGUGGGGAUUGUUUUAAAUAUGAUGUGUGUAGGUGAAAAGCACAGAAAAACACUAAAAGACGAUGAGAGAUAUGGUGUGUUUUUUUUCACUACUGUUCUUAUGUGUCUCGAUUCAUUUGAUAUGAAACUCGAACUUUGAGUUUUAUUCUUGGGUGAUAAAACUUUCCCUUUUUUUUUUGUCAUUCUCCUGUUGCGAUUACAUUGCUUCUACAUCUUUUAUGUUUAUUGCUCAUUUGCUACGUACUUAUCUAUCUAUAUUUAAAUAUUAACAUUUCGCGUAUUUGCAAUGGACCACACAAGAAUCUCACCUGCUGGUUAGGAAAUUUGGGUGUGAACCAGAUGGAAAAGUUAAAGCACUAUGCUGUCUUGACAUUUUCUAGAGUUGUCCUUUUAUUUUUCUAUAAUUCUAGGAUCAUUUUAUUUUGCGUGUAUCUCAAUUGCUUGAGACAAUAGAAUGGUAAUGAAUAGCCGAUACUGUGCGUUGUAGUAGGCGCGAUGAAUGAACCUAUUAACUAAGGAA